AUGGAGAGUACCGACUCUACCGGAAAAGGAAAUGCUGAACAGUCAGAUUCUCAACGCCAGAGUCAGAUGGAUCGGUUGGACAGAGAGGAAGCUUUCUAUCAGUUUGUAAAUAAUUUGAAUGAGGAGGAUUAUCGGCUUAUGAGAGAUAAUAAUUUGCUAGGAACUCCAGGGGAGAUUACUAAAGAAGAGUUGCUGAGAAGAUUGCAGCAAAUUAAAGAAGGUCCACCUCAGCCAAAUGCAGAUGAAAACAGAGGUGAGAAUGCGGAAGACUCUUCUAAUGGAGAUUCUAUAAUAGACUGGCUAAAUUCAGUGCGACAAACUGGAAACACGACAAGGAGUGGACAACGUGGCAACCAAUCAUGGAGAGCAGUUAGCAGAACAAAUCCAAAUAGUGGAGAUUUCCGGUUUAGUUUGGAAAUUAAUGUGAAUCGCAGUACCGUUAAUCAAAAUCUGCCUCCUGGUGAACAGUCAGAAGGCUCUGGGGUUGAAAGUAUGGAACUUACCAAUCAGGGUGAGGCUGAACCAGAACCUGAGGUGGAAACUGAACCUGAAAUUGUGGCAACUAGCGAAACUGCUGUAGAGGAGCCUAUUCCUCAAAGAGGUCAAAGGAGAGCAAGAAGCAGAAGCCCAGAGCAGCGAAGGAUCAGGUCCAGAUAUGACAGAAGCAGAUCACCCUUGAAUCCAGCUGUUGAAACACCUAUUCGAAGGGCUCAGCAUAAUUCCUCACAGACUGUUGAACCUUCGCCUGUUGAAGCAGAGGGUAGCUCUAGAACCAGACAGCUUGUGACUGCAUAUCUGAGCAGUUCUGCAACUGAGACCGAGGGCAGCUCUAGAACUAGGCAACAUGUAACAUCUAGACAACAGGCAUUAGUUGCUGAUCCUCCAAAUGCAAGCACUGUGGUUUUAAACUCUGAGACAAGAAGCUCCCCACAGCCCCCUCCAGCAGAGACUCAAGAAAAUGCAGAGGCUACAGGAACUGGUCAGAGGCCACCGACUAUAGUUUUAGAUCUUCAGGUCAGGCGGGUACGCCCAGGGGAAUAUCGACAAAGAGACAGCAUUGCAAAUAGGACACGCUCUCGUUCUCAAACCCCUAACAACACAGUUACAUAUGAGAGUGAAAGAGGAGGAUUUCGACGUACUUUCUCAAGGUCUGAACGUGCCGGUGUCCGGACAUAUGUCAGUACUAUCAGAAUUCCAAUCCGUAGAAUACUGAACACUGGCCUAAGCGAGACCACCUCUGUUGCUAUACAAACAAUGCUGAGACAGAUAAUGACUGGGUUUGGGGAGCUAAGUUACUUCAUGUAUAGUGACAAUGAUGCUGAGCCUGGAACCCCUGCUGCUGGUUCUCCUCCAGUAGCUGCUGGAGUGGAAAUGCAGAACAUUGCAGCUGCAGCAGCACCAGCACCGCCACCGGCACCACCAGCACCACCAGCAGCAGCAGCCACUCCUCCCAGAGCACCUGUACCAGAGCCAGUAGAGCCUCCUAACCCUCCCAACCCUCCCAUCCCUCCAAUCCCUCCAAUCCCUCCCAUGGAAGCUGAUAAUGGAAGUAAUGAUGUUUCAACCUCUGGAAGCAGGAGGGAGAUCCGUAAUAACAGAGGAUCUGUGACCUUUGAAGAAAGUGGUUCUUUGCCAUUUCUCAGAUUGGCCCAGUUUUUCCUUCUUAACGAGGAUGAUGAUGAUCAGCCAAGAGGACUCACCAAAGAACAAAUUGACAACCUGUCUACCCGAAAUUAUGGUGAAAAUGAUGCCCUGAAAACUUGUAGUGUGUGCAUCACAGAGUACACAGAAGGGAACAAGCUGCGCAAACUUCCCUGCUCUCAUGAGUACCAUGUCCACUGUAUUGAUCGCUGGCUUUCUGAGAACUCAACAUGCCCAAUCUGUCGCCGAGCUGUUCUGAUAUCGGGCAACAGAGAAAGUGUUGUUUAA